AGAUUCACACUAUGAAAUACUAGCAACGGUAUUUUAGUAGAGUAUUAACUGCAUUGCUUUUUUCAUAAACUCACAAAAUUGUCUGACACAAACUAAACAAGCUUUUGUCUACUACCUGAUCGAUCAGAACUAGGGCGUUUCGUUUCUCAGAUGGGGACAACUAAAAGUUACUUCUGCAGCAAACACCAAAAUCUCUUUGAUAUGUCAGCUGAUUCACAAGGUUCACUUAUUUGUCUCUCAGAGUUGCAAGCCCUGCUUUGUUAACCCCGUCUAACGUUAAACUAUAAAAAAGUUUUGGUACCCAUUUUUCUCUUCCAACCUUUCUCCUUCUAAGGUACUGUUCCACUUUGUUAGGAACAAAAUGAGAACAAUGGUUGCCACUUUCUCAUAUCCAGCUUCUACCUACUUUGUUAGGUCUUGUUCCAUGAGAGAAAACCAUGACCAACUUAAGCAGCCAGUGAACACCGGCAUCAGAACUAAUGGGAGUUUUAGGUCGCCAAUUAAAGUUGAGAUACUAGGCCAAAUACCUGCAACCACUUCCACCACUCUCGGUCAAGCUGUUACAAUUGAUGAAAAUUGUCUGCGCCAAAACAUCCCAACAAAGAAGAAAAUGGUUGAUCCUCAUCGUCAAGGGCUCAUCACUGAAGGUGGAGUUGGUUAUAGACAGACCAUUGUCAUUAGGUCCUAUGAAGUUGGAGCUGAUAAAACCGCCACGCUUGAGAGCAUCCUCAAUCUUCUUCAGGAAACAGCAUUAAACCAUGUUUGGAUGUCUGGGCUGCUGGGUGAUGGGUUUGGGGCGACACACGGAAUGGUGAGGAACGAUCUCAUUUGGGUUGUCUCAAGAAUGCAAGUUGUGAUUGAUUACUAUCCCAUCUGGGGAGAGGUAGUUGAAAUUGACACAUGGGUUGGAGCAUCAGGCAAGAAUGGAAUGCGGCGGGACUGGCUGAUAAGAAGCCAAGCCACAGGCCACAUUUUUGCACGUGCGACAAGCACGUGGGUGAUGAUGAACCGCAAAACAAGACGUCUCUCCAAGAUGCCAGAAGAGGUGAGAGCAGAGGUUGCACCUUGGUUUAUAGAGAAGCAAGCAAUAAAGGAAGAUGCUCAAGAAAAAAUAGUCAAAUUGGAUAAAGAGGCAAAAUACAUGAAUUCUGAUUUGAAGCCCAAGAGAAGUGAUUUGGACAUGAACCAACAUGUUAAUAAUGUGAAGUAUGUAAGAUGGAUGCUAGAGACCAUCCCAGACCAAAUUCUGGAGGGGCACCAAUUAUCUAGUAUCACACUGGAGUACAGAAGGGAGUGUGGAAGCUCAGAUAUUGUUCAAUCAUUAUGUGAACCAGAAGAUGAUGAAAUACUUCAUGGUGUGGUAGAGCCAGAUUACUGCACAAAUCUUCUCAAUGGGUUAUCAUCAGAUAUUAUAAAUGGUAGUGGAGUGCUGACUUACCUUGAGCAGAGGCCAUUAAGGUAUACACACCUUCUACAAAUCAAAGGGGACAAACAAAACGACGAAAUUGUCAGAGGAAGGACAACAUGGAAGAGGAAGAUUGUUACAAUGCCAUUUUCCACUUAGACUUAGUAAGAUAUGUGGACUAGUAAGGGACAAAUGUUGGCAUAUACUCUUGUGUACUCACCAAGA